AAUAUACCGGCUUUCAAUGGAUGAAGGAAAAAAAAUGUAACUUAAAACUCUAUCUAUGGAAAUUGGAAAAUGAGUUAUGGUUACAUUCCCCCAUUUUAGCCCCUCCCUUUUUUUUUUUUAUUUUUGUACAGUCACCAUUAUGGGUAAACCCGUCAGCGAAACUUAAGCCGGUAAUAAAGUGUUACAAAGUUGGCAUUUUAUAACUUGGAAAAAAAAAAAUCAACAAAAAGUAUAAACAGAUAUAAUUUGUUUAGAAAUAUUUUAUCAACAAUCUUCAUUGAAUCAAUACAAAUACUCGUAAUUUUCAUCAAACUUCAAUUCAGCUAAAAUGGCAUCAGUAAUUGUUGAUAGAAAAUCAGAAGUAUGGCAACAAACUGAAGUAAAAAGAAAAGAUUCACGUGAAUGGGUAAUACAAAAUUAUAAAUCAGUAUCAGCAUCAAAACAACAAAAUGAAAAAAUUGAAUCACCAGUGUUUACAUCUGGUACAAAGCCAGAAUGUAAUUGGCGUCUUGAUUUAUAUCCAUCAUAUCCUGGUAUGUUAUUUUUUAAAUUAAUAUUACUCAAAGAUUCACCAGAUAUUAUUGAUAAUCGUAUUGUCAAUAUAACAUUAUCAUUAUUAAAUGCAAAUAAAGAAGAAAAAGAUAAAACAAUACAUGAUGCAUCAGCAACAGCAAUACGUCCAACUGUUGAUUUUUAUGAUCGUUUUACAAUAAUGGAAGAUGUAUUUGAUACAUCAAAAAAUUUUUUAUUAAAUGAUUCAUUAACAGUACUCAUUGAAAUAACAACAAUUGUACGUAAUUCAACAACACAUACUAAAAGUGAUAAUAAUAAUGAUGUAUCUGAUAGUCCAUUGCAAGAUCGUUUAUCAGUAUUUUUAGAAAAUGAACAAUUUUGUGAUAUAACAUUAAAUAUUAAAGGAACAAAAUUAAAAGCUCAUAAAUUAUUAUUAUGUGCACAAAGUAGUGUAUUUGCAUCAUUAUUAAAAUUUGAUAAUGUUAAAAAUCAACGUGAAAUAUUUAUUGAUGAUUUAGAGCCAGAAGUUGCUAAACAAAUGUUAAUAUUUGUUUAUACUGAUAAUGAACCACCAAGAAUUGAUGAAAUGACUAAUGAAUUAAUUAUUGCUGCUUUUAAAUAUAAAAUGCAUAAAUUAAGAAUGAUGUGUGAAAGAAUAUUAAUAAGAAGAAUUAAUGUUACAAAUGCUAUUGAUAUAUUGGCAUUUGCUAAUGUUUAUGGAAGUGAUAAACUCAAAGAAGAAGCUAUUGAAUAUAUUAGAACUGAUUUAUCAUUAAUUGAAUCAACUAAAUUUGUUGAAUUAGAACUACAAAAUGCUGAAUUAGCUCGUGAAACUUAUCGCAAGUUAUUGCUUAAAAAACGUAAAAUUUCAAAUGAUUCAAAAUAAUUAUUUUUAUUUUUUUAUCUUUAUCAAUUA